AUGCAGAACAAGAUCUCAGACGCUAUCAAGACAGACCACCGUGAGCUGGAGAACUACUACCAGAUCAUCAUCAACUCUACCGACCCGCAGGAGAAGACCAAGUACCAGAAUGCCUUUGUCUGGGAGCUUGCCCGGCACUCAGUUGGUGAAGAGCUGGUCCUGUAUCCCGCCAUGGAGCGUAUAAUGGGCGAGGAGGGCUCAAGACUGACGGAGAAAGAUAGACAGGAGCACCAGCUUGUCAAGGAGCAGUUGAAGGCGUUUCAGGCCACGGAUGCGUCGGAUCCCAACUUCACGGACAUGAUCAAGGGGCUCAUGGGGAACCUGUCAGACCACAUCAAAGAGGAAGAAACCAUUGACCUGGUCAAGAUCGAACAGCUAUUGGAUCCAGAGGAGAGUGACAAGAUGGCGGCUUCCUUUGAGCGGACGAAGAUGUUUGUCCCUACGCGAUCUCAUCCCAGUGCACCAAACAAGCCGCCUUUUGAGACGGCCGUGGGACUGCUGGCUGCUCCCAUUGACAAGGUAGCUGAUCUCUUCAGGUCUUUCCCUUAG